AAAGAAAAAUCCACAAAUUAUAAACUCUCUCUCACUCCCUCAAUUUGGUUCUCUCUCUCUCUCUUUCUCUCGGCGUUAAACGUUAAUUUUUCUGAAAAAAUUGGGACAACCCAAUGAUCUGAAUGUGAAAUUCUCACACUUCCCACAUUCUCCAUCAGCUUCCACUAAUUUCUUCGAUCCGGUUUCUUCUCGAAGUGUUACUUCUGUUGAUGGGUGCUCCUAAACAGAAGUGGACAGCUGAAGAAGAAGCGGCCCUUAAAGCUGGAGUAAUCAAACAUGGAGCUGGCAAAUGGCGCACAAUACUGACAGACCCAGAAUUCAGUAGCAUUUUGCAUUUGCGUUCGAAUGUUGAUCUCAAGGAUAAAUGGAGAAACAUAAAUGUGACUGCGAUAUGGGGCUCUAGGCAGAAAGCUAAGCUUGCCCUUAAGAGGAAUCCAUCAACUGCUAAGAAUGAAAACAAUCCUUUGGCUGUGGCCACCGUACUUCCAAAUGAUGAAGAAGUUGUUGAUGCUAAACCCCUUGCUGUUUCUGAUGUUCCAUUGCGGAUUACUAAUUCAAAAGAACCAGUGGCAAGGUUGGACAAUCUUAUAUUAGAUGCUAUUAUUAACUUGAAGGAGCCAAGGGGUUCUGAUAGGGCUGCAAUUGCUUUGUAUAUAGAGGAGCAGUACUGGGCACCACCAAACCUCAAGAAGCUGCUUUCUACAAAAUUAAAGCAUAUGACAGCAAAUGGCAAAUUGAUUAAGGUAAAGCAUAGGUACCGGAUUGCACCAAGUUCAACAAGUUCCGAAAAGAGAAGAAGCUCUUCUAUGUUACUUCUGGAGGGAAGGAAGAAAGACACCUUAAGAGCAGAGAAGAGCGAUCUCAAUAUUCUUACAAAAUCUCAGAUUGAUGCAGAGCUGACCGAAAUGAGGAGCAUGACUCCACAAGAGGCAGCUGCAGCUGCCGCACGGGCAGUUGCAGAGGCAGAAGCUGCUAUUGCAGCAGCUGAAGAGGCAGCGAGAGAAGCAGAGGAAGCAGAAGCUGAGGCAGAAGCAGCACAAGUUUUUGCACAGGCAGCAAUGAAGGCAUUGAAGUGUAGAACACUUCAUACUCGAUAAUGGCAUAAAUAUUUGCACGUGGGUACUAGAUCAUUGAGCAAUAACCAUGCUGGGAUUUGACAUCAUGUACGGGUGCAGCUAUGUCUUCGUAUGUCUAUUAGUGUAUAUAGGUAGGCUUGUAAAUCUGAAGAAUGUGACCCAUCUAUGAAUUUUUUUGGUAACUUGGGGGCUCAUUUGUAAAUGAGCUCAUACUUUUUUUUUUUUUUUUUUUUCACCUUUCUUAUUUUUGAAGUCGAGCGAUGAAGAGUGGAAAAAAAGGAAAAAAAAAAAGCCCGGUAAAGGGAAAUUAAGGAUUUUGAUGCAGCGGAGAUGUGACUUGUAAGCUCUCCGAUAUGUUAUUAUUAUUUGAUCCAAGGAAGACUAAAUAGAAAAAGAAAAAAAAAAACAUAUACAAAAUUUAGGUCAGGAGGACUACAAGAAGCGAUAUGGGAUUUGCUUAUCAUCUAAUGUAGACAUUGUAGAGAAUGUUUUCUCUACUCUAAGAUAUCCUUUUCUUUGGUUAUGAAUAUCGCUGCAAAAAGCAUUUUUA